AUGAAGAAUAUCAGAGAAAGGCUGCUUCUGCGUGCCGCUUGUCGCGAACAAUGUCCUCCGACUAUGUUGUCUUCCGAUCCCAAUCCGGGUCCCUCGUGUCCGGCCUGUCCAGCUCCAAAUCCGAAUGACUCCGGGAAGCAUUUGGUACAGACUGACGGGGUUGGAGAAAAUAAUCAGUUUGGGUUGAGUUCGGGAUUACGAUUCAGACGUUUCGGUCGCUGGUUUCCGAUCAAGUUGACCUGGAGUUGGAAUCUGCGCCAGGUUGCAAGGCGUGAAGAAUAG